AUGUUUUCCAAGUCCGUCAGACAGACCCGUUUUGUGCGCUGCCUCAAUCACGGCAAACCUCAAAAUCCAUCGUAUAAUGAACUUGCGGCAAGAAUCGACCCUAUAGUGAGGACCGACGAGCUGAUUGACGUGAAGCGGGCCCGGUUGAUUUACCAAUCGCGCAAACGGGGCAUUUUGGAGAGUGACUUGUUAUUGUCGAGAUUCGCCAAAAAGCAUCUCCUGAGUUUUUCGAUGGAGCAGUUGAACGAAUACGACCAGCUUCUCGACGAGCCAGACUGGGACAUCUACUACUGGGCCACCAAGAAUUACGAUGUCACGCCCUUGCCACAGAAAUGGCGUGAUUCUGAGAUCUUGGCUUUGUUGCAGAAGGACACGGAAAACAACGACGGCGAGAUUCUUCGCAUGCCAGACUUGCACUGA